GAAACUCGUGAUUUACCUUGCUACAUUCUACCGAACCCCAGCUCGUCACUGAAUUGCCAGUAUGCUUUUGGAGCUAGCUGUGGAUUUCAGUAAAGUGGAAUGCAUUGACAGCUUGAAGAGUUUUCUUAAUGGUCUACCCGAGAUAAGUUCGUUUGAUAUCAACCUAUCAGACGAUGUACUGUUGGUGGAAACAACUGCAUCGCCAACCAAAUUGCUUAAAAUUAUUCAAUCAGCUGGCUAUACUGCAAAAUUUUGUGGCGCAUCUUCCAGUGCCAGUGGCAUGAAAAACUGCGACUUCGGAUCUGGUGUAGCCAAUAUCAUCGCGAAUGAUACAGUGUAUGGCAUUUGUCGCCUCUUCCAACCUACAGAUGAUAAGCUGCUUGUGGAUGCAGCGGUCAGUAACCUUCCACCUGAGCGCAAGUUUUUACUGGCUGUUCAUCGUUUUGGAGAUCUUUCCAAAGGAGCAGACUCAUGUGGGGAUGUUUUUGACCAACCCCCGCUCUCCUCUGGCGAAUUGGGUAUACUCAACAGCGACACCGGGGGCCGUGGUGAGUUGUUCGCGGAGAACACCAAUUUGAAGUUAUGGGAUUUGAUCGGACGCGCAGUUGUGCUACACGAUGUGGGAACACGGUCACCAGUCGCUUGCGGAAUCGUCGCCCGAUCGGCCGCUGUCAGAUCCAAUCGGAAGCGGGUUUGUACGUGCUCUGGGCUGACAAUAUGGGAAGAAGGCGGAGGCGGUUUUGUCCACUGAGGCACCAUCUCUUGCGCUUCUUCCAUGUGAGUGGGAUUUCCUGACGUUUCCUUUUGUUUUGCUCAUGGACAUGCAUUCCCAAGAAUCGAAGGUGUCACGUUCAUUUGAAACAGCUAUUGCUUGUGUGCCGUGUGAUCGUUGUAAACGCCUCAUCCGACUCUUUAGUGCGAGCAGUCCCACUGAUGUACACUUGGCUUUUAUCAGACGCAUUGCGAAAUAAUAUUUCGUCUACAUCUGAACACGUUGACAUACUAUACAUCUUUCAUACCUUGGCAAUCUGUUCCUUCGUUGAAUGUGCUUUGUCGAAUAUAGUCCCUAGAGUGUUCGA